AUGACUUCCGCUCAAAUCGAUACCACCAUCAUCAAGCCUCUUCUCAGAAGACUGCCUAGGCUAGUACAGAAGAGUCUUAUCACCACACCAAGAGAAGCUCAACCCAAGCUCUAUCUUUGCUUCCGGCUUAAGAAGAAGGCCUACAAGCAAAAGCAGCAAUUGAAAAGAAGCUGCAAUUCCACAAAGCACAAUCAACCCUCAAAUCAAUGCUACCAUCCAGAAGCCACAGAGAUGCUGUCACCACAAGGGACCCCUACAAUCAGGGAGAAGCUCUACAUUCGAAUUACAUUGGAGAGAAUGCUUAGACUUAGUCAAUUGAAGCAGCAAGAGGCUUCCCAAAGGAGGUCUACAAUGACUAACACAGGACUCACACGUCCCAGAUCAAUCAGCACUUGA